CUUUGCAGAUCUUUCUCUUCACUUGCCACAACAAUUGAUGUUUGCCCUGCCACCAGCUUCCUGUAAGUUGACUGACUUCAUGAGAAGAAGCAGUAACAAUUAACGCACAAAAUAUUUCUCCUACCAUCAUUGGCUCUCCUGCAUUAGUUGGUGGACACUGCAUUUUCUCCAGCAAAUUCCCAACGUUUGUUCAUGAAUGGAUGCCGAAAUAAUGUCACCAAAAUCGUAUACUGUGGAAGCAUAAUUGGUGGGUCAAAAUCACAUUUCCCAAAGUCAACACAAAGUGGCAUCCUCCUUUCCACGGGUCAACGAGCCACGCCACCGUGACAUCCACGUCAAAGCCAAAAAGGCUUAAAAGGUGCACCCAUAAUAUACCCAUCAUUCUUCCUCUGCCCUGCACAUGCGUUCUCCCCUGAAACCACCUGUUUCCUAACCCAAGCCCGUUUAAACCCAGAAACGCACCGCCGAGUUUAAUCACCCGAUUGGUGAUGUGCACGUGGGACCCAUUCACCCGGCGUCGUCGAGUCUUUUAAGAAGUGGAUGGAAAGGUGACGGCGACUCCUUGCCUCCGCUUGACACCGGCUUUGAUUCGUUCGCUUCUUUUGGCUUUCGGUUUGGAUUCCACUGUGAACACUGUGACUUGCGGCUGCUAUUCGUCCUUUCGCUGCUUUCCCGAUGUGCCCCCGUGUUGCUGCCACCAUGGAGGCUGCGCUCCCCGCCGACGAUGGUGACGAGCUCCCCCGCUGUCGCCACCUCCUCGCCUCCCUUUCCGCCGCCGCUUCCGCCGCCCAGUCGUUCCGCGGCCUCUGGUCCUCCGUCGCCGCCGCAGUCUCCCGCCUGUCCGCGGCCCUCGACGGCCUCGCCGCCCACCCCCCUAACCCCCUCGCCUCGGACCUUCUUCGCUCCCUCGCCCUGACACUCGCCCCAGCCCUCGCCCUCGCCAUCCGCUGCCGUUCCCCUGACCCUCCCGCCGCUAGGCUCCGCACCCAGAGCGAUAUCGCGGCCGCUUCCGCCGCCCUCCACCAGCUAGCCGCCGACGCCGACGUCCUGCUCGGCUCUGGCGCCCUCCUCGACCCGCCGUCGCCGCCGCUGGAGGCAGCGGGUGGGAGCUCCCCCCUCGAGUCCGUCCGGGCGGAGGCCAGAAGCCUCGUGACCCGCCUCCAGAUCGGGAGUUCCGCUUCGAGGAUCGCUGCCUUGGAUUCUCUGCUCGACCUGCUUCGCGAGGACGACAAGAACGUCGUAGUCGCCGCCGCCAGCGGGUUGGUGCCGGCGCUGGUCCGUCUCCUCGACUCCGCCGCUGGCUCCGCCUCCUGCCACGAGACGAGGGAGAAAGCCGCGGCGGCGAUCGCGAGGAUCUCGGCCGUGCAGAGCUGCCGCCAUCUCCUGCUGGCGGAAGGCCCGCCCCUCCUCAAUCACCUCUCCCGCGUCCUGGAGUCCGAGGGAGGCGCCGCAAAGGAGAAGGCCUGCGUAGCCCUCCAAACCCUAACGCUAACCUGGGAAAACGCGGUCAUCAUCGGGUCCCGCGGCGGGAUCGCUGCCCUCCUUGGGAUCUGCCGCUCAGGAACGCCCUCCGCCCAGGCCACCGCAGCCGCAGUGCUGAAGAACCUCGCAAUGGUUCAAGAACUCCGGCAGAACUUCAUGGAAGAGAACGGUGUCCCCGUCCUCAUUAGGGUUUUGGCCUUCGGGACCCCUCUUGCCCAAGCGAACGCUGUCGGUUGCCUCUGUAAUCUAUCAGCCGGCGAAGAAUCGCAGAGCAUAAAGCUAUCUAUCUUCAAAGAAGGCGCUUUGGAAUGCCUAAAGAACCACUGGGAAGCAAGCGGCAGCGGAGAUGGUCAAAACCUCGAGGCUGCAAUCGGCUUACUAGGAAAUCUGGCAUCUUUUAGGUACAUUGCUGAGAUCGUUGCCACCGCUGGUUUGCUUCCUCGUGUCAUCUCUGCACUGGAGAACAGCCAGCCAGGAACAAGAACAGAGGCAGCCAAGGCAGUCGCUGAAUUGGGUUCGGUCAUAGGGAGGACGAGGAAGGAAUUCGGGGAUGCGGUGCCUCUACUGGUUCGCAUGUUGGAAGCCAAAACUGGGGAGGAGAAGGAAGCUGCCGCGAGGGCUUUGGCUUCUCUGAUGUCAUUCCCGGAGUACCAAAGAUUAUUGAGGAAGGAGGAGAAGGGGAUUGUUAAUGUGGUUCAGCUCCUUGAUCCUUUAGUUCGUGAUUUGGAUAAGAGGUAUGCGAUAUCGGUAUUGGCACUGAUUUCGCAGUCGAGCAAAUGCAGGAAGCAGAUGGUGGCUGCAGGAGCUUGCGGGUACCUUCGGAGACUAGUGGGGAUGGAGGUGGAUGGUGCAAAGAAGCUUCUUGAGAACUUGGGAAGGGGAAAGAUACUGGGAGUGUUUCCAAGAACAUGAGCUCACAGAGCCAGCAAGAAGGAUUCUAAGUUUGAAGGGUGCUGCUCCCUGAUCUAACAUGCAUUUUACGCACAUAGUUUGCGUAGUUUGUGAUUACUUGCUGCAUCACCAACAGGAUCUUCGUAGGAAAGACCUUGUGUUCCAUACUCUUUUUAGGUCAAGUAACGUUGCCAAGUGAAUCUUUGCGUCGAAGAAGUCCUUUCGGAGGGAAUCUACUGUUGUUAGCCCUUUUUCUUUUUUACGUUUUAUUGAAGAAAGACAUUGGAUAGCUUGUCUAACCUUUCCACCAACCACAAUAUACAAGGCAUCAUGGAGCCUUUGGUUCUA